AUGCACUCACCAACACUUUACAUUUCCCUCGCUAUUCUAACUCUGUCCAUUUUCGUAAACACACAGAGUGUAAGCACUUACUUCUCAACAUCCUGUGAAACAAUUCCGGAGCCAUUUUUAGAGACAACUCCGAUCUCUACAAGAACAAGAACAAUGACUUCCAACGGAGAAACUUUCAUCGGAAUCACUGAAGUAUACCAAUCUAUUACAUAUGUUUCUGAUUGUGUUACCGAUGAUUAUGACGAAUACACAUCAACGCUUGUUAUCUGGUGA